GCUUGUGUAAUCUAUGAAAUCCAUUUCCAAACUCUCAAUAUACAGGCGCAUCAGUUAUAAAAUGCCGUCGAAAAGUAUACAUAUGUAGGAUCAAUCAAUGUGGGGUAAACCUCGGCUUGUCACUCAUGGUGGGACCUUGAUAUUGCACCACCACCACCUCUCGCACUACAUCCCCCUACAAAGAUUAGAUUAUUAUACAUACACAUCCCAGCAUAUCGAAGCCAGUAAGUACCAAGCUAGCUGAUACAAUGUCCUCGACCGAUCCACAACGCAUCACCUUGAUCGGACUGGGGACUAUCGGUAUGUCCAUGGCUGCUCUGCAUCUCACAUGGGACAGCAUCAUAGUCGACACUGAAUCCAGAGGAUCCAGAGUAUCUUCUCAAGUGUCCUGUGGUCGUCUCAACAUCCACCCCUCACUAGAAAGCGCCUGCGCAUCCGCAACAAUCGUACAGGAACAAGGCCCUGAGAAUCUCGCCUUUAAACAAUCCAUCUGGAAACAAGUAGAGUCGUUCGCUCCCCGCACGGCACAUCUCUGGACGAGUACCUCGGGCAUCGCAGCAUCGGUGCAACAGACCAACAUGCAAGAUAAAACCCGCCUGCUGGUUGUGCGCCCGUUCAACCCGCCUCACAUUAUGCCGUUGCUCAAGAUCGUGCCGGCUCCUGAAACUGCCCCUGAGCGAGUUGAGUUCGCGCGGGAGUACUUCUCCCUCCCCGGGUCUAGGCAUCGGCCUGUAGUCAUUCGGAAAGAGAUUCCCGGGUUUGUGGGCAAUCGAUUGGCAUUUGCGUUGUUGCGUGAGGCGUGUUAUCUCGUGCAGGAGGAUGUGGUGGAUGCGAAAGAUCUGGAUACGAUUCUCAUGGCGAGUUUAGGCCCGAGGUGGGCGGGGAAUGGUGUUUUUGAGAGCUAUCAGCAAGGAGGAGGGGAGGGGGGGAUUCGGGCCUUUCUGGGGAAGUUGGAGAGCACCAUGCAGGAGGAACGACUGACCACCGCCACGGGACGUGCCUGGCUGUACGAUGUAUUGUACUCCGUACUAUUAAUAACACAAUAUUUGCUCUGGUUUAGAGUAGUUACUACGGGUAAGUGCUGGUGCUACAGAGUAGUUAACUACUAG